UGACACCCUUUGUAUGAUUCAAUCCCUCUCUUCUUCUUUCCGCAAAAGGGACGAUUAUUAUAUAUAUAACACCAUUGCUCCACUGCUUUCAGGUCUCUUAAUCAAGACCCAAUAUCCAUUCUCCAGAUUAAAUCCAGAUUAGCAGCAGCUUUGAAGAUUCAUGGAUCUACUUUCCAGAUUGAGUCUCUUCAAACUCACACUCCUCUUGACCUUAUCAUCCCUAGUUUCAUCUGAUACAGACGUUCUGGCGGAGAUCCCGAGGAAUUUUCUCAAACUUGCCAAGAAACCAGAGCUUGUGGAAUGGAUGGUGGGUAUUAGAAGGAAAAUCCACGAGAACCCAGAGAUUGGUUUCGAGGAAUUUGAGACCAGCAAGCUCAUAAGAACUGAGCUUGACAAAAUGGGUAUUCCUUAUAAGUAUCCAGUCGCCGUUACUGGAGUUAUCGGGUAUAUCGGGACUGGAAAACCUCCUUUUGUGGCUAUAAGGGCGGACAUGGACGCUCUUGCCAUCCAGGAAGCUGUUGAUUGGGAGCACAAGAGCAAAGUUCAAGGGAAGAUGCAUGCUUGUGGGCAUGAUGCCCAUGUUGCAGCUCUUCUUGGUGCUGCCAAAUUGCUUCAGGAGAAGCAUUCUAAUGAUUUACAGGAUGGAACAAUUCUUCUAGUUUUUCAACCAGGAGAGGAAGGAUAUGGUGGGGCAAAGAAGAUUGUCGAAACUGGUUUAUUAGAUAAUGUCCAAGCAAUAUUCGGUCUACAUGUCUCUGUUCGAAUUCCUAUUGGCACUGUCUCAUCUAGGCCUGGUCCAUUUUUGGCUGCCUGUGGUUUCUUUAAGGCAGUAAUCAGUGGAAAGGGCGGUCAUGCUGCCAUUCCCCACGAGACAAUCGACCCUAUUAUAGCCGCUUCAACCGUAAUUGUCAGUUUGCAACACCUUGUUUCACGCGAAGCCGAUCCUUUAGAUUCUCAGGUUGUGACUGUUGCAAGAUUUGAAGGGGGGUCUGCCUUCAAUAUAAUUCCGGAUUCAGUAACCAUUGGAGGAACAUUCAGAGCAUUUACAAAGGAGAGCUUUGCACGAUUACAACUACGAAUCAAAGAGGUUAUUACUAGCCAAGCAGCUGUGCACAGGUGUAAUGUGACAGUUGAGUUCGUCGAAAGUAGCAUUUACCCUGUAACUGUUAACGACAAAGAUUUGCAUGAAUAUUUCACUACUGUUGCUAAAGAUAUGUUGGGAGAAGAAAAGGUGAACGAAAUGGCACCGAUAAUGGGAGCAGAAGACUUUUCGUUUUAUGGAGAGGUUAUUCCGGCUUACUUUUACAUGUUGGGGAUGCAAGACGAGGCUAAGGAACAAAUGGCUUCGGGGCAUUCGCCAUUUUAUAGUGUGAAUGAAGAGGCUCUUGCUUAUGGAGCAGCACUUCAUGCUUCUUUGGCUACAAGAUAUUUACUUAAGAAUCAACCUGUUAUGCAUUUGUCAGCUGUUAAAGAAAAUUUUCAUGAUGAAUUCUAAUGUAUAGUAUCUCUUUUUGAAAAAUGUAAUUUUCAUUGAAAGUAAAACGCAACAACGCAUUCAGUGAAUAACAGAUCAUUCAAGAACAACUUUUUUAAGAUUCAUGUUCUGUUUUAUAAUA